AUGGCUGACACCAUGCUACUCUCAUCGGCUGUCCGUUUACCAACGCCUCCACCAGGCGGAGAAUACUCACCUGGACCAUCUAACACGAGGAAGCGCUCACCACCAUCAAGAUCGCCUUCGCCCAGAAGAAGAAGGCCUCCUCCGAAAGACGAUGAGAACCGUCGAAAACCCGAUGGACCGUCUCUAGAACGAGAAAUGGAUGAGCGAGAAAAGCAGCUCCGAGAAAGAUUUCGACCCAAAGAACCUGAAAGCAACUCGAGAAAGCCUAUGACAGCUGAGGAGAAACAAGCCGCAGCGAAAGCAGAGUACGAAAAGCUACUUACUAUGCGCUCUGGAGGAACAUACAUCCCGCCUGCCCGCCUACGCGAACUACAAUCCCAGAUCACCGAUAAAUCCAGCAAAGAGUACCAGCGCAUGGCUUGGGAGGCUCUCAAGAAAUCUAUCAACGGUCUAAUCAACAAGAUCAAUGUGUCGAACAUCAAACAUAUUGUGCCAGAGCUCUUCAAUGAGAACCUGGUGCGUGGUCGAGGCCUAUUUUGCAGGAGCAUCAUGAAAGCUCAGGCCGCUUCACUCCCUUUCACACCGAUUUAUGCAGCAAUGGCGGCCAUUGUGAACACCAAGCUACCACAAGUUGGUGAACUUCUGCUGAAUCGGCUGAUUGUCCAAUUCCGAAAAGCUUUCAAACGUAACGACAAGGCUGUCUGCCUUUCUUCGACGACAUUCAUUGCGCAUCUUUGCAAUCAGCAGGUCGCCCACGAGAAUGUGGCAGCACAAAUCCUCUUACUUCUCCUGCAUAAACCCACGGACGAUUCUGUUGAGAUUGCGGUUGGGCUGACGAGAGAGGUGGGACAACAUUUGGAAGAAAUGAGUCAACCCAUAGCUCUGGUGGUCUUCGACCAGUUUCGAAGCAUCCUUCACGAGGCAGACAUCGACAAGCGAGUCCAGUAUAUGAUUGAAGUUCUCUUUCAAGUCAGGAAAGACCGGUAUAAAGAUAAUCCAGCCAUUCGCGAAGAACUUGACCUCGUCGAAGAGGAGGAUCAGAUUACCCACCAAAUUGAUGUUGAUGACCAGGAGAUCCAGGUUCAGGACACGUUGAACAUUUUCAAAUUCGAUGCCGAAUGGGAGGAGAAUGAAGAAGCAUACAGAAAAUUGAAAGCAGAGAUCUUGGGUGAAGCCAGCGACGAAGAAGAUGAUGACGAGAGUGGGUCGGAUGACAGUUCAGAUGAAGAGGAAGCCGAACAAGAGCGUGCUAUGGAGAUCAAGGAUCAGACCAAUACCGAUCUCGUCAACCUUCGACGUACAAUUUAUCUGACAAUUAUGUCGAGUUUGGAUUUCGAAGAAGCAUGCCACAAGUUGAUGAAAGUCCAGCUACCCGCUGGUCAAGAGUCAGAACUCCCUUCGAUGAUCAUUGAAUGCUGUUCUCAGGAAAAAACAUAUUCCAAGUUUUUCGGACUUGUUGGGGAACGGUUUGCAAAGCUCAAUCGACUCUGGACCAACUUGUUUGAAGAAGCCUUCGCUACAUACUACGAUACUAUUCAUCGCUACGAAACCAAUCGACUACGCAAUAUUGCUCGCUUCUUUGGUCAUCUUCUGAGCAUGGACGCUAUUGGAUGGCACGUCUUCUCUGUUAUCCAUCUGAAUGAAGAUGAGACGACUUCGAGCAGCCGUAUCUUUAUCAAGAUCUUGCUUCAAGAGUUGGCGGAAGCGCUUGGUCUCCCCAAACUGAAGGAAAGAAUGAAGGAUGACAUUUUACGACCCAGCUUCACGGGCAUCUUCCCUACCGACAACCCGAGAAAUACUCGAUUCUCCAUCAAUUAUUUCACCAGUGUCGGCAUGGGUAUUCUCACUGAAGAAAUGCGCGAAUAUCUCAAAAACAUCCCCAAGCCCGAACCAGCAGCACUACCCCCACCUCGGGAUGAUACGUCCGACUCGGAGAGUGUCAGCUCCUACUCGAGCUAUUCCAGCUACAGCACCAGUCGGUCGCGCAGUCGUUCUCGCAGCGUCAAUGUACAAAAUGCACGCAGGAGUCGGCCCAGGACUAUAUCAAGGUCACCAUCACGAUCGCCUCUGGUACGUGGCAACAGAGGACGCGCACGAAGCAAAAGCUACUCCGCAUCCCCGUCACGCUCACGAACACCACCAAGACGGAAUCUUAAAGCUCGAUCGCCAUCCUACUCCGCUUCACCCAGUCCAAGACCUCGCCGCACAACCAAUACUCGCGGCCGCCCACGCACGCGCUCCAGAUCCUACAGCUAUAGUGCCGCGUCUAAGUCACGCUCCCGAUCUCCAGCCCCGCCUGCACGGCACAAUGCUCCAAUCCAACGCCGGAGAAGCUAUUCCCGUUCUCCAUCCCGCUCACCACCGCGCUUCAGCAAGACAUCUCGUGCCAAUGAAUCAGGCAAGCAAAACGUCCCGAACCGGGGCCGCAAUCGGUCAUUUUCCUUGUCACGAUCCCCCUCGCGCUCGCGCUCGCGCUCCCUUCCAAACCGCAGCCGAACCCGCUACUCAAAAAGCUACAGCCCUGCACCUCGCCGCAGCAACAACAACAACAACAACGCCAACAACGCCAAAAACGCCGGCAAAGCACCUGUACGCCGCCGCCGCAACUCCUCCAGCGCAAGCGACGGCGACAGUCGACGCUCUGCAUCGCGCAGCGCCUCACCGCCAGGCCGUCGCUAUGCAGGAGCCGGCAAACGCGACAGUUGGCGGCGCUCACCUAGCUCGGAUCGUGCGCGCGGUGGCAGGCGUGGCUUUCGAGAUGACAGUCGAGAUCGAGAUGGAGAGCGGGGCAAGGGGAAGGAUGGUGCUGGUGCUGGACCGAGUCGUGUGCGCGCCGCGGAUUUUGCGUAA